AGUUGGCAGCCCUCGAGUUGGAGAACAUUCUAUUUAUUUACAUACAAAUUUCAUAAUUUUUUUUACAACCUUCACGCCGAGUUUUAUCAAUGAAUUAUCUUAAAUGACUUCCCAAAUCUACAGCCAAAAGAAGUUUAUACCAACACCACCGGAGAAGGGUUCAUUUCCAUUGGACCACGAGGGAUUGUGCAAGAAGCAAUUUCUUAUCUACUCCAGUUGCUUGCGCCGUAACGCACACGACAAUAGCCAGUGCCGGGUGGAGGCUCAAGCUUAUCUUGGCUGUCGCAUGGAAAACAAUUUAAUGGAAAAAACUGAGUGGUCGAAAUUGGGAUUCGAGGACAAGCAGAAGGAACAACAAUGA